AUCCACGCCAUUAACACUGAUCUUGUGCUGUCCACAGUCUUGCUCCUGAACACCCACAGCUGAGAUGUCCUGUCAGCAGAGCCAGCAGCAGUGCCAGCCCCCUCCCAAGUGCACCCCCAAGUGCCCUCCCAAGUGCCAGACUCCAAAGUGCCCUCCAAAAUGCCCGCCCAAAUGUCCUCCCAAGUGCCCCCCUGUGUCUUCCUGCUGUAGCCUGGGUUCUGGGGGCUGCUGUGGCUCCAGCUCUGGAGGCUGCUGUAGCUCUGGAGGAUGCUGCAGCUCAGGGGGUGGAGGCUGCUGCCUGAGCCACCACAGACCCCGCAGAUCUCUUCGUCGCCAUCGUCACAGCUCUGGAUGUUGUAGCAGUGGUGGCAGCAGUGGCUGCUGUGGCAGCAGUGGUGGCAGCAGUGGCUGCUGUGGCAGCAGUGGUGGCAGCAGUGGCUGCUGUGGAAGCAGUGGUGGCAGCAGUGGCUGUUGUGGCAGUAGCCAGCAGUCUGGGGAUUGCUGCUGACCUGUAUGAGGAAGACUUCGGACAAAUGGUGCAGGAGGAGCACAUGCUCCGAAGACUCCCCAAUGCCUGAUUCUCUCUCCUCCUGUUUCCCUCCUGGCCCUGUCCUCUGAAAUGCUGAAAUCUCCUGUGAAAUGUUCUGCAUUCUGUUCAGGUGAUAACAAUGUCCCUUUGCAUAUUUGUUAAGAAUUAAAAAUAAGCAUGGACAAAUG